AUGACAAGAUUCGGGUUCAUUGGCCUGGGUGCAAUGGGUCUCAACAUGGCCCGCAACAUUGCCGCCAAAAUGAAGCCCUCUGACACUCUGCACGUUUUCGACGUCGCCCCGGCUCAGGCUGAUCUCGUUCCUGGCGCUAUCAAGGCUUCGCGGGUCAGCGAGGUCGCCGCCAACGCCGACACGGUCAUAACCAUGCUUCCUAUGGGCAAGCACGUUUCUGGCGUGUUUAACGAGAUCGUGGCGGCCGUGGGUCGCGACGGCCAGAAACAAUUCAUCGACUCGUCCACCAUCGACAUCGCUACUUCGCGCGCCGUCGCAUCCAAGGUCGCGGCCGCUGGCCACAGGUUCGUCGACGCACCUGUGUCGGGUGGUACAGCCGGUGCAAAGGCCGGCACUCUCACGUUUAUGGUGGGUGCGCCCGAAAUUGAGGGCUCGCUGCAGGUCGCUCUGGAGCUUAUGGGCAAGCGCCUGUUUGCCUGUGGCCAGCAGUCGUCCGGGUUGGCUGCGAAAUUGGCCAACAACUAUAUUCUGGCAUUGACCAACCUCGCCACCUCUGAGGGAUUCGCCCUGGCUAAACACCUGGGCCUGGAUCUCGCGACUUUUUCUCAGCUCGUCGACGUCUCCUCCGGCCAGUCCUGGUCCUCCCGAGUCAACAACCCUGUUCCCGGUGUCGAUGCCAACACGCCUAGUUCUCGCGACUACGAAAACGGAUUUGCCGUUGACCUGUGCCGCAAGGACCUGCUGUUGGCCGUGGAGGCCGCCCAGGGGGCCGCCAUGGAUCUGCCGCUUGGCAAACACGCUCCGGCAGUUUACACUGCUCUUAGCGAGGCCGGUUUGGGUAAAAAAGAUAUGAGCAUUCUAUAUAAGACGCUAUUAGAUCACAAAUAA